GUUGGGUGAGGUAGUACUAUUAGCACUGCUUUCAGGUUUUCAUGGUUGUACAUGCUACAACAGUGCAUCGUACACUCCCUAAUGGCAUUAUUUUAUCUUUUAUGCCACCACAAAUUGAUAACUCUUUAAAUUUAACCAGAUUUUUCAGGUUUAGUGCAUAUCGUUACCAAGGAUUAGUUUUUACUCAUCCGGUGAACUGAGGAUUGGAAAUUUUUUAAUGAUUUUAAGAAUUUUACGUACUUUUGAAAAAUUGUAUAACAAAGGGUCCCUCUCCAAGUGAUGGGAUCAUACGUUUCAGAUUAAUAGUAUUAAAAAGUUUCGCUUUUUGAUAUAUAAUUUAUGAUGAAAUAUAGCCGUGAAGAGAUUAUAAUUUUGGACCUGAGAUAAUAUGAACUUCAUUGUUAAAAUCUUAAGAGCAGUUUCAUUCAAAUUGAUUCGGCAUUGGCAUAACAAGUGCUAUAGUUCUCGAGCUCUAAUGGACUGGCUCUCAGAGAUUACUGAGGGUAUCUAAGAGGGCCAUAGGGGUUUUCUUUACUCUGUUUGAAUUAAGGGAGGCUGUAGGGUACAGAAGGGUGAGAAGUAUGAGGACGUAUUUGGAUGUAUUCGGAAAAUUUCGAAUUUGGUAGAGAGCGCUGGAGAGGGGGAAACCCGCUGAAAUUAAGCACAAGAUUUACUUGUGCUUAAUUAGAAGUUUUAGCUGGCUAGAUUUUAAAUUUUGGAAUAUUUGGAAACUUUUAAAUUUGAUCGAAGAAAAUAGCGGUGAAGGAUGGAUAAUAAUUACAUUGGUAAAAACUCUGGAGGUUUGAAAAAUGAUUUCUGUGCUGGGAAUAGGAGAUCUGGCCUAGGGCUACUGAGGUCGGGUUACUCUUUGUGAACUAAAUCAUCCCUAAGGAAUUGUUAUAAAAAGUAUCCAAAAGCAUAUAACGGUGAGCAUGCUAUAUGUUCUCAUCCAUAUCGAAAAUUCUUUCUUAACCAAAUUUCUAAAUCUCGGUUUACCUAAAAUUUAUGGAAAUAGUAGAUCUUCUGAACGGCCUUGGAAGGCCAACUUUGAUAUACUAAUUCCUCGUAAGAUUUUUAGAAACCUUCAUAUAAUUCUAUUACUCGGACGUCUUAUUGAGGAUGCUCUAGAACACUCGAGCCAUAUUUGUAACUU